UCUGACGCCUCUGCGCCGCUGCGUGACUCUCUCAGGACGAUCACUGAACAAGCUUUUGCGAAGGAGGGACGCACUGGAUGAUUAUUUUUCCACCUCCGGAGGAUUAUUCAUUUUCCCGAGCAAUAUUUUUUUUUGUUAUCCUAGAGCCUAGAAAACAUGGAUAUAUACAUUUUUAUUUCCGUGUUAUCAGUGAUGUACUGCUGGAUUUUGUGCACAGUGCUGUCGGCGCCGGCUGGAGAGACGCCCACCGCCGCCCCCGUCACCCAGGGGCGCCAUGUGCGGACCAAACGCUGCUCCUGCUCCACGUUCCUGGACAAGGAGUGCGUCUACUUCUGCCACCUGGACAUCAUAUGGGUCAACACACCUGAGCGCGUGGUCUCCUACGGACUGGGCAACGCUCCCAGGACGAAGCGCGCGGCGGCGGCUGCGGCGGCGGCGGACGACUCCAUGGCAACCGGCGGCGGGCCUCGCUGCCAGUGUCUCCGCGAAAACGACAGCACGUGCGGAAACUUCUGCCGGCUGGGAGACCACCUCAGGUAUGAGACAUCGCCCGACGCGGCGGGCCGCUCUGCCGAGGGCGAUGGCUGUGCUGAGGCGCGGUGCAAACACAGGCUGGCAGCCGACACGGGCAGGAUUAAGAGGAGCAGCCACGGGGGACAGGUGUCGCCUGUAGCACUCAGGGCUGCCUUGGAAACCCGCCUGCCGCUCGAGAAGUGGAGGGCGAGACAGCGCCACAGGGCGAGAGCGUGGGAGGGCGAGAGCGCGGCCUCCUAAAGACGACAGAUAACCUCCACACCUUGUAAUAUGGAGGGGGAAAGGGUUUCAUAACCACGGGCCCGUCUCUAAAGCCACCUGCAAGUGGGGGGUUGGGGGGAGGGGGCGCGCCCUGUGCAGCGGCCCCUCGGGAAGGCACCGGAGAGCCAACAUAAGGCCAGCAAACUAACUCCGUGGCUGCGGUGUCCUGAGGUGUCCGGAGCGGAGCAGAGAGCAUUUACAACUCGACUUGGUUGCACUUCAUCAGACAGAUGAACGGGGUGAGAGACGCCUGGGGGCUCAGGUGACUGGAGAUAAGCUGGACAGAGGACUUGGCCCCAGUCUGCAAAAGUCAAGGACAUUUAUUGAUCUUUUCAGAUGUCAUGGUCAGACUCAGUCACUCUGUUGGACUCAAAAAAACAAACAAACAAACAAACACACAAACAAACAAACACCAAAUAGCAUUUCAAAAACUUGACUUCACUGGAAGGAUUUAACAUAAAUCCUUCUGUUUCAGAAGAUACAAAUCACUGCCGCAUUCCAAUGAGGCAGUCCUACUUAUUGUAUAUUUCAAAACGCCACUAUUUUUCCUCACAGAUUGUUGUGCCUCCAUAAAGUAGAAGGGACUAUGGGCCUUGUGUCAUCGCUUUACACAAGACGUUUUUUUUCACCGACUGAAACUAUUUACUGCAUUUUACGUAACAGGUCUCACGCCUCCUGUACGCCAGGACACAGGUCAUUGUAGCUACGCAGUACAGUAGCCGCUGGGAGUUUUUCUUAGUGAUGUUAUCACAGAUUUCUUUGCAUUUUUCAUAAUUUAUGAUCUCACUAAAAACGUUAUGUGUAUUGUUGCUAUGAUGUGCUAUGUUUUAUUUAUUUAUUCUUUUUACAUAUUGUAAUUUAAUAUUGGUCCAUAUUGGUCCGUCACGCUUGGUUUGUCAUUUCUAUGAAAUGUGUUGUCACCAAGGAGCCAUAUUGUGG